ACUUUACGAGUCCUUAAGCUUUACUCGAUUUUUCUUAAUAUUUUUAGAACGUAUUGUUUUACAAGUGCAUUUGUAUUCGUUAAAUUCGACCGUUUAUUCGUCGAAGUUAAUGUAAUCAAUUGAAUGUGACUGAUAUUGCAGUGUCUCGACGAUUAAAAAGUGACAUAAAUCUAUGGUUUGCGCGUUCCGUCAGAAGCGAGGGAGAGGAGAGGAAGAGAGAUGUGUUGGUGGAUGAAUUACUACAAUUUGCUUAACAGCUAAUAGACUCAAUUCCUUUAUUUUUUUAAUUUGCCGCAACUUCAACCUCUGUAAACAUGGAUCCGUAGAACCGUAUUUAAAAGACAGAUAUACAAUGAUGUGGAUUAUGUAUAUAGAAAUAACCCAGAUGUGAAGGCUAAGCGCGAAUUUCGGACCUUGCGCACCAAAGUCCGGCGCUUUAGCCACAUCUCAAACACCGUGCGUCUAUAUAGACUUCAAAUUUCUGGUAUGCUUUUACGAUCCAUUCAUGAUGUCCGCAUAUGCGACCAUACUGCCAUAUCUCAUCCUAGGAUUGUUAGGUCCUACAUUAGGGCACGAUGUCAAAGGAUCUUCAGUUUGCGAAUUUUAUAAUGAAACAAUGUGUACAGAAUCCCAACAAGAAUGUUCAGGAAGAGAAGAAUGUGGACCACAUGAUCCAGGCAAAAGAAAUCAUUGUUAUGUAUUAUGGCAAAUUGACAAUGCUACUAAAAAAUCUAUAAUUAAGUUAAAGGGGUGCUUUUUGGAUAGUAAUGAUUGUUAUGAUAGACCACACUGCAUUGAAAACAGUGCAGAAAGGAAAAAAGAAUUAUUUUUUUGUUGUUGCGAUGGAAAUAUGUGUAAUCAGAAUUUUACAUGGGAUCCUCAUCCAACUUCUUCUUCCAAACCUGGUAUACAAGAUCCAGAACCUGUUCCAAAUACAGAGCAACAAAUAAUAACACUCGUUUUAUCAAUAUCAAUACCUAUGCUUCUUCUUGCUAUUGUUCUGCCAUUUUUGUAUUGGUGUUAUCGGCGGAGGAAGUUGAGAUAUUUCAACGAGGUUUGGAAGGCAUAUGUUCCAACAUUAGAACCUCUUCCAUUACCACAACCAUCUCCUAAUUUGGGAUUGCGUCCAAUACAGCUUUUAGAGAUUAAAGCUCGUGGUCGUUUUGGAGCAGUGUGGAAGGCACAAUUGAAAAAUGAAAUUGUUGCUGUAAAAGUAUUUCCUAUACAAGACAAACAGUCUUGGCAAACUGAACAAGAGAUUUUCAAACUAGCACAUAUGGACCAUGAAGAUAUAUUACGUUUCAUAGGUGUUGAAAAAAGAGGGGAUAAUUUACAAACUGAAUUCUGGUUAAUCACUGCAUACCAUGAAAAAGGUUCAUUAUGUGAUUAUUUGAAAGCAAAUGUUGUUACAUGGCCUGAAAUGUGUAGAAUAGCAGAAUCUAUGGCAAGAGGCUUGAUGCACUUACAUGAGGAAAUUCCAGCCAAUAAAGCAGAUGGCUAUAAACCUGCUGUGGCUCAUAGGGAUUUCAAGUCAAAAAAUGUAUUGCUAAAAUCUGAUAUGAGUGCCUGUAUAGCAGAUUUUGGUUUAGCACUAAUAUUUCAUCCCGGAAAACCCUGCGGCGAUACCCACGGGCAGGUUGGAACGAGAAGGUAUAUGGCUCCCGAAGUUUUAGAAGGGGCAAUUAAUUUCACCAGAGAUUCAUUUUUACGAAUCGAUAUGUACGCUUGUGGUCUGGUGCUUUGGGAAUUAGCUUCUCGAUGCACUGUACAGGAUGGACCAAUAGGAGAAUAUAGAUUACCAUUUGAGGAUGAAGUCGGUCUUCAUCCCACGUUAGAAGAUAUGCAAGAAAGUGUUGUGCAUAAAAAAGAAAGGCCGAUCAUUUUAGAAACGUGGCGUAAACAUCCCGGUCUUCAAUCAAUUUGUGAUACAAUGGAAGAGUGUUGGGAUCAUGAUGCUGAAGCACGUCUUUCAGCUUCUUGUGUAAUGGAAAGAGUUGCUACAUUGAGUAGGACGCUUGUUUUAAAUUCGUCGACGUUAAUACGAGUUGAUAAUACCAACGAGACUAUCACCACUAAGGAAUCUAAAAUGUGUUUCGAUGAGAAAAUAUUAUGUAUACAGUAUUAAUGAUGAUAAACAACAAUUUUGAGAUUCAUAUGAAUAGUACUUUUUUUAAACAUAGAGCAGCUACAUUCCUCAUUGAUGUUGAUAACUAUGCAAUGAUUGUUCUGAGAUGACAAAGUGAAUACUAGCCAAGUGAAAUUUAAUGAAUAAUUUUUAUCUAUAAAAUCGUAUUGUACGUGAAUUGUUACAAAGAAGAUGCCUCAACAAUUUUAUACAAAGUACCUGGUAGAAACAGUCAAGUUAACUGAUUGGAAGCCAUGGGGAAUUUAUUAGGGUUUCUGCAUGAAAUUAAUAAGUUAAUAUGAUUAUUUUGCAUUUUAUACAACAUUUAAGGUGAUUACCUUAUUUUUAAAUAUAAAAUUUUUUUCAUGAACAUGUUUUCAUAACAAAAAAAUUGAUUCUCUUUUGAAAGCUCAAUCAAUUGACAUGAAAUUCGUAUUAAAAUGGGUUGGUUUAUAUACGUAUAUGAUCUGGUAAAUAUGAUAACUAGCUUUAUAAUUUAGAAUAUAAAAUAUAUAUUAUAAACAAUCAAAAUUAAUGCUAUUUUCAUGUUCAUGGAUUAAAUUUUAUUAAGCAAAAUGAAAGUCUUCCUUUAUAUGUUUUGCUUCAUUUAUGUUAGGUUUUUUAUAAUAGCACACGAUUGUAUCAAAAAUUCUUUAAUUACACGUGUAAUCUAGUUUCGAAAUGAAUCUUGUAUCCUCUGAGUGUUCAGUGAAGUGUUAAAUACAUAACUAUCACGUGCUACUUAUAUUGUUGCGUCGAGGAGAAUCACGACGAGACAUUUUUAUUACAACUGGAUCCUGAGGACACAUUCGCGUCGACGCUACAAUAUUAUUGAAGAUAUUUAAGAAAACGGAGCAUCUUGCUUGAACCAAUAUAUUACAGCACACAUAAUAGAUAUUACCAUGAUAUUUUCAUUGUGCUCGUUCAGUAUGAUAUGCCUCAUUUUGUUAGUUUCUUGAAUGUUACAAUUUUUGUUUUUUAUUUAAUAACAUAUACACCAAACGGAUUGAAUGAAAUUGAUAUUUUUUAAUAAAGUUUUUUACAAGUUGUAUAAAAUAUUAUGUUACUCUUUCUUAGAAUGAAAAUGUCAUAUAAACAUGAACAUUGAGACAAUACUCCUAAAGGUUUACAAUUCUUUAUACAUUUUAGAUGUCCUUUCAAUUUGAUUACAUUAGAAAUUCUAUAAUUAGACUGAAUACAUUUAAGAAACGUACAAAAUAAUUUCAAGUUUCUUUUUUUAAACAAUGGCCAUUCAAGAUGCACGUUUAAGGUAUUGUUUGUUCGUUUAAAUUAUAGUUUUAGUAAAUAAUUUCUUUUACUUGCUCUGAAUCCUUCUCAUUAAACUAAGAAAUAAGUUUGAUUCCAUUUAAAAAUAAAUUGCAUUAUCAAUCAAACUUAUAGAAUAACGAAACUUUUUUCAUAAAUAGUUAAGCCAAUGAAUUUUACAAAAUUAAAUUAGUUUGUUGCAUUGAAGGUCGCAUAAUUGUUCUACAAGCUGUGAUAAUAAAUAUGUGGAUUAAGUAUCAUAAACAACAUAAAUAAGGCCUAACUGUAUUUCAAAUGUUGCCCAUACUUCAUGAUCAUAAUUUAUCAGAGCAAGUAAAAGAUCAACAAAUUGUUUUAUCUCUGAUACCAGGCUUUAGCAGUGCCAAAAGACUAAUACUAUAUGCACACAUUGCAGCUUCAUCUUUGUAUAUUGAUUUUUAGCUAUGUAAGAGACACUGAAAUCGGUAGUAUAUACUAAUCAAUCUUUAAUGUAUGAUGUUAUAAAUAGUAUAACGUGGUGACAUGAUUCCCCCCCCCCCGUUACAUUGCCAAGCUUCGCCUGACUUUACCCUAGCAAAAUGCGCUCCGUACCUACACACACCCCCUCCCUUCAACCCUUACCCUAUCACCCCAAAAUUCCGGGGUGCGCGGAACGCACCCGUUACUAAAUUUCCAAUUUACAAUCGUUAUGCCAAAAGAGGCUGAUAAUUAGGGGGACUCGCCGAUUUCGGUUCGCUCGCUAAGGUAAGGGUGGAAGGGAAGGGGUAUGUGUGUAAGUACGGGGCUCAUUUUACUAGGGCAAAGCCAGGCGAAGCUUGGCGAUGUAACAGAUGAGGCAAUCGUGUCACCACGUUACAAUAAAAAAUUAAUCCAUAAUUGAUUACAUAGUAUUAUCUUUAUUUUAUAACAUUAAAGAUCUUCACGUAUACUAUUUGUCACUGCAAUGCAAUAUAGUUAUAACAAUGUUGAAUAAUUAGAGAAUUAUAGAGUACAGAGUUUAUUUAAUAGUUACUUUUUAUGCUGUCACAUAUUUAAGUCACUCAUUUUACAAUCAAUUAUGGAUUAAUUAUGAAACUAUUUAGAAUUUAACAAAUUUUUGGACUUUUACAUAUCGAAAAGCAGAGAACUGCAUUAUUUAAAACAAGUUUCAAUUAAAAAAUUUUUUAUUUCAUGUAUGCUGUAUAUGCGGGACAAUUUGUUUGUAAAAAUUGUGUAAUAGUAAUACUUUAAUCUCAUCAUUGCUAAAACUUGUUAUAUAGUUACACGAUUCAAUAGAAAUUGUUGUAUAAAAAUUGAAGAAGCAAUGCAUUUAAUAUAAGGAAAUCAGUCUAUCAAGGUAAGACUAAAGUAAAAUGUUUAUUUAUGAUAAAAAAAAAUGUUUUCAAUUUUAUGCUUACAAAUUUAAGAGAAUGCAAUGGUGAGGUAAUAUUUUAAAACAUCGUGUAAAUAGAUAGACAUACAAAUCAUAGGCGUGCAUACAAUGUAUCAUGUUACACCGCUUAUCUUUUACUCAACUGAAUCAUAUCCCAUGAAUAUAUACAAAAGUUAGGUUUUAAUAUUGACAGUACCACAAUGGCAUUCCAGUCACAUAUAAUAUACUGUAUACUAAUGUAAAUCAAUAUUGUAAUUUCUAACUUUUAGGGUAUAGAAAUUCUUAUUAGUAUCAUUAAUGUAAACUAAGAGGUAAUUUUAUAAUUUCUUUCAAUUUGAGUUAUAUUUUCUCGUAACUUCAAAUUGUAUAAAUAUUAUGAUUAAUAAUUUUGGUUUUAUUGAAAAAGUAUUGAAUUUUAUAUACAAUUUUUUAUAUGAAUUGUGAGAAUAGUGUACUCGUUGAAAGCCUGUAUUUAAGAAAUUUUGAAUUUUGCUAAAUAAUUAUAUUUGUAUUUGCGUAACGUAAAAUAUCUGUUAACAUCAUAUUUGUAAAUAUAACGAGCAUCUUUUGUAAUUUAGCGUUAAAGUAUCAAAAUAUUUCCGAUACCGUAAUCAGUUUCAUAUCAUACGUGACAUACAUGUCAUUUAAUCGCAUUGUCUGUUUCUGGUACUGUUGUUGUUAUUACUGAUAUACAAUUUUGAACAACUCAUUACACGGUAAUUUUUUGUAAAACUUUGUUUAUUAUGUAUUUCGCUUGUAUCACAUUGUAUCAUAACAGACUAAUGAGGCAUGUCUCGUAUCUGCAUCUGGUCUGAAAUAAGAAAACUGUAAAUAAGAUUUGAGCGAAAUAUACCUUAGAUGUAAGAUCAUUAAAAAAAAAAAAAAAAAAAACAAAGUAAUUUCUUAAUUAUCAUUUAAAAAGUAAUAUAAUUCAUAGCAAUAGAAUGUUCCUACACAUAUUGGAUGUAACUGUUUUUAAAAUCAUAUUACUUAGCAACAAAUUUUUGCAAUGAUAGCUUGAUGCAAUUUUUAUAUCACACCAAUGUGGAAAGCAUUACUUUCACACUUAAUAUUAAUAAAAUCCAUUAAUUAUGGAACAUCAUCUUUUUCAUAGCAUUGUAUAAAAGGAAUGUCGGUUAUAGAAAAAGUUCCUCAGAAUAUGAAACGAUCAUGGUAUCGAUUAUAGACAUUAAUAUUAUAGAAGAGGGAAUAAAAAAAAAA